GACCUAUAGAGUAAGAGCAAAUCAAGAUGACAACUGCAAGAUCUGGGAAGCAAUUCGAGCGACUACAGCAUCCAUCUUACUAUUCGAACCCAUCUCCAUAGGGCCUUCUUUUUCACCGCAGGUUUUUGUCGAUGCUGAGCUGGUUGCGAACAACCCUGUCACCCUAGUCUACAGAGAGAAAGAAGGGUUUUACCUUCGAGUCGGCAAUAAACCCCCUCCAGAGAUUGGUUGCGUAGUGAGCAUAGGAUGUGGGAGCGAGUACCCUAUUUCAUUGAAAACUGAUGAUGGAGACGACGAGGCAAAGUCAUACUGGGAGCAUUUCAAAGGACUAUUUGGUCGUAAUGUUAAAGAAGAACGGGCCAAGCAACUCUACGACGUCAUGCUGAGGAUAGCCAAGGACUGCGAGAGGCAACAUCAACAGAUUAGUGCAUCAUAUCAUGAAGACGAGGAGAGGGUAUACUUUCGGCUCAAUGUCAAGUCGGGUUUAGAAGCCGUCGCUGCAACAGACUGGACAGAAGAGGAACGGGCAAAGAUCACAACUCAGUCGGAAACUUACUUGGGAAAUCCUGAGACGGUGGAGAUAUUGACUAGCUUGAUCGACAAACUAGGAAGGCUAUCCAUGCCUCCCGAAAAGGCUUGGAUUGCACCUCCUCCAUACUAA